GGUCACUAAGGGGAAGCACAUUCAGAGAUUAAAAUUUUAAACAGAUUUCUUUGUCAACAGAAGUGUCCCUGGUAUAUAAUUUUCUCUAUGGCUCUGCUAAAAAAUUAACGCCUCCUGGUUCCAAAAGGUCUGGGGAUCCUGUUUCCACUGCUCUGCUGCAGGAGUGAUGUGAGUGAGGUCCAUUGAUAAGAAGCUGGUGUGAGGUCACACUGACGUAGUGUGAGUUAAUAAAAGGAAGCCUUUUUGUCCCUUUGCAUUUAUCUCCAUAAAGUCAUUGUGUCUCCUCUGGAGGAUCACCUGUUCAUACUCAAUGGCCUUUCAGGAGCUCCUGGAUCAGGAUGGUGGCCUGGGGAAAUUCCAUCUCCUUCAGAUAAUUUUAGUUCUUCCCUUCAUGCUGAUGCUAUUAUGCCAUAUGAUUUUGGAGAACUUCACUGCAGCCAUUCCUGGUCAUCGCUGCUGGGUGAACAUCCUUGACAAUGACACAGUCUCUGAUAAUGAUACUGGGAUCCUCAGCCCCGAGGCCCUCCUCAGCAUCUCCAUCGCAUGGAACUCAGAAUUGAGGCCAGAGAAAUGUCAGCGCUUUAUCUGUCCCCAGUGGCAGCUUCUUCAUCUGAAUGGAACCUUCACCAACAUGACUGAGCCAGACACAGAGGCCUGUCUGGAUGGCUGGGUUUAUGACUUCCUCUCUACCAUUGUGUCUGAGUGGGACCUCGUAUGUAAUUAUCAGUCACAGAGAUCAGUUGUUCAAUUCCUAUUCAUGGCUGGAAUGUUGGUGGGAGGCUUCAAAUACGGCCAUCUCUCGGACAGGUGAGUGUCUCCAGCUCACUGCUGCCCUUAUUCUAUGGUGUUUUCAUCAGCUUAUAAUGAACUCUUUCAUAAAGAAGUCUUUACUGAGUUCCAAUAUACACUUUAUACUGUUGUGGGUUGCCUCGGUUCCCACGGAGCUAGAGAUGGAGGUGGAGAAUUAGAGUGUGUGAUAAGUGCCAUUUUGCUGCACAGAUAUCUCUGUACAGGACACAGAAAUGAUAUCUCCAUGAGACAGACCUGGGGGCAUAUCAGAACAGUAUUUAUAGGGAGGUACCAUAAUACUUUCCAUUUAGAAAGAUGAGAAGGAGUAAACUAUGGGCAGGGAGGGAAAGGUACUCCAAGACGGGGGGCUCAGCCUGUUUGAAGACAGAGAUAAUGCACAGUAAGGAGAUAGAGAUCUUCAGCAUAGACUUCAGCAAGGCUGACAGACAUGUGCAGAACUCUCUACCUGACAACAGCAGAUUGCACAUGCUUUCUAAGUGUAUGUGGAGCUAGACUGCAUUUAAGGCUCAAAACCAGGAAUCAGUAGAGUUCAAAGGAUCAAAAUUAUACAAAGCAUUGCCUCUGAUUCCAACAGAGUGAAACUACAAAUCAGCAGCAGAAGCAAAACUGGAAAAUUUACAAAUUCAUGGAAAUCAGCCAGCAUGCUUACAAAAAACCAGUGGGUCAAGGAAGAAAGCACCAAGAAAAUUAGAAAAUACUCAGCGAUGAAUUAGAUAAAAAAUUCAACGUACCAAAACUUAUGGGAUGUAGUGAAGGCAAUGCUCCAUGGGAAAUUGAUAGCUAUAAAUACCUACAUUGAAAGAGAAAAAAGAGAAACACCACGUCCACAAGAGGGAAGAAGAGGGGGUCCUCAGCCUUAUCUCCACAUAGAAACAAGGAUUUAAUGGUCAUCCACAGACAAAAUGCCUUUGUGGGAACCAUGGGAUUCAGGUCAGAGGUUUCAAAAGCUCAGUAGAGGCCAAGACUGAGAAGAACAGCCUUGAGAAGGCAGGCCUACACUCUAGCAGCAGGCCUACUGACCAUGGUCUUGGCUAGGGACCUAAAAGGAGCCUACCCCCUAUAGACCCAGUUCCAGACCCACUUUUCUGUGAUCCUGCCACAAGCCUCAUCCACCAAGGGACCCAGGAAGUGCCCUGUUCAUUGGUGACCUUGAUAACAGACCCACUGAUCUCAGACCUUACCACAGACCUUGAAGCAGCCCUGUGGCUCUGCUCUCCAGGGUCCAGGGCAGUCUUGCCAGACCAAGGGCCUGGCAAGAACCACACCAACCCAUAUCACCAGUAAA